GUUGUUUUACUUUGCUCUUGUAAAUAAAUAAUUAAAUUAAAGCCCGCCGGCCAGCCCAAUCCAGCUUUCCCAUGCAUGGCCGGAGAAUGAAGGGAAGAAGAAAAAAAAAAGGCAAGUCCAGUCCAGCCCAAACCUCUCUUCUUCUCUAGCUUAGGCGCUUAGCCAGCCGGCAGGCAGCCGCUCUGCCGUCGCCGACGACUCGCCGGCUGCCCGCGGUCCACCUGCCCCAGCCACCCGCACCAAUGGAAGGGCCGAGGCGGAAGAAACCACCACGCCGGCUAGGUAGCUGGCAGCCGGGAGCCCAGAGGUCAGAGCCUGUUCUAGCAUCUAUCUUCUUGCCGCAGCCUGUGCCGAGCUGUGAGCUGUAUGCAUGGCCACCCCCGCGACUCUUCUCCAUGAUGAGCUUCAAGAUGCUGGUAUCUUAAUUCCUGGAACAACCCAGCCUCCUUACAAUCUUCACAAGGGCUCCUUGCAGCCUGCUCAACAUUCAGAUGCUUCUCAAACAAACUCUGACUCUAGAGAUGGAGAACUUAUACUGCCCAAUGGGGAUAUUUAUCGUGGCGCAUUAUCGGGCAACAUGCCACAUGGCUCAGGUUGUUAUAUCUGGUCAGAUGGUUGUGUUUAUGAGGGUGACUGGAGGAGAGGCCUCAGGCAUGGGCAAGGCAAGACGCUGUGGCCGACAGGGGCUUCCUACACAGGUGACUACUCCGGUGGCUACAUUUAUGGUCAAGGAACGUAUACUGGGCUAAACAACUCCACUUACAAGGGAGGCUGGAAGCUUAAUCUUAAGCAUGGCCUUGGUUUACAGACAUUUCCCAAUGGAGACAUUUUUGAAGGUUCUUGGGUGCAUGGAGAAAUACAAGGGCAUGGCACUUAUACCUGGGCAGAUGGCAACACUUAUGUUGGCACCAUGAAAAAUGGGGUCAUGUUAGGCAAAGGAAUCCUCACAUGGAACAAUGGAGAUUCAUUUGAAGGGAACUGGCUAGAUGGUGUCAUGCAUGGGUAUGGAGUCUACACAUGGAAGGACUCUGGCUACUAUGUAGGAACCUGGACAAGGGGGUUGAAGGAUGGAAAAGGUACAUUUUAUCCAAAAUGUCGUGGAAUUCCAGUUACCGAUGAGCUAUACAUCGAUGGUCUAAGAAACAGAGGUGUACUGCCUGGUGCUGAAAGUCAGAUUCAUGGUUCUCGUAUCCUUCACUCUGCCUCAUUUGACAUGGCAAACAUGAUGGCUAGCAGAAAUCAGGACUCUGUAGGUAUUUCAUCUGUUAGAAGCUUGAGUUUUGGGAAAACUCGCUCGAGAAAUGUAUCACUGGAAAGAAGGUGGAGCCUUGGAGCGGCCAUUGAAAAAUUCAUUGGUCGUGAAACAAAUGAAAGUUCUGCAAUUGAAAGCUGUGAGAAUAAGGCUGAUUCCAACCUUCCUAUACUGGAACGGGAAUAUAUGCAAGGUGUUCUCAUCAGUGAGGUUGUGGUGGAUAAAAGCUUCUCGGAUCCAUUAAAAAAGGCAUCACGUCGCCAGAAGAAAAUGGUGAAGGAUAUAAAGAAACCUGGGCAGACAAUAAUUAAAGGACAUAGGAGUUAUGAUCUGAUGCUCAGUCUGCAGCUUGGAAUCAGGUAUACAGUUGGAAAGAUUACACCUAUUCAGAGACGUGAAGUGCGAGCUUCUGAUUAUGGUCCCAGAGCAAGUUUCUGGAUGAACUUCCCCAAAAAUGGAUCGCGGCCUACUCCUUCACAUCAUGCUGAUAAUUUUAAAUGGAAAGACUACUGCCCAAUGGUGUUCAGAAAUUUGAGGGAGAUGUUCAAGAUCGAUGCAGCGGAUUAUAUGAUUUCCAUUUGUGGAAGUGAUGCACUUAGGGAGCUAUCUUCUCCUGGAAAGAGUGGAAGUGUCUUCUUCCUAUCUCAGGAUGAUCGAUUUAUGAUCAAGACUCUACGAAAGUCUGAAGUGCAGGUUCUUCUACGAAUGCUUCCAGAGUAUUAUUACCAUGUCCGUACCUAUGAGAACACACUCAUAACUAAGUUUUUUGGCCUCCACAGGGUUAAACCGUCCAGCGGUCAAAAGUUCCGAUUUGUAGUGAUGGGAAACAUGUUUUGCACUGAACUCAGAAUUCACCGGAGGUUUGACUUGAAAGGUUCAUCCUUAGGCCGCUCAACAGACAAAGUAAAAAUUGACGAGAACACAACACUGAAAGAUUUGGAUCUAAACUAUUCAUUUUAUCUCGAGCCUUCUUGGCGGGAGACUUUGCUUGCGCAAAUUGAGACUGAUAGCAAAUUUCUAAAGCAUCACGCAAUAAUGGAUUAUAGCUUGCUUCUUGGCGUUCAUUUUCGGGCUCCUCAAAGCCUACGGACACAGGCAUCCUUUCAUCAAACAAUCCUACCAGAUAGGCUGGCUGUUCUUUCGGAAGAAGGUGCUCUGAAGGAGGAUGCUUUGAACAGUCCUGAAGGACUGGUUUUGGUUCAGCGAGCUAGUGAUCAAAAUGAUGUGGUCAUUGGUUCUCAUAUAAGGGGAGCUCGUCUUCGAUCAUCAAGUGCAAGUUUUGAGGAAGUAGAUCUCUUGCUUCCAGGCACCGCAAGGCUCCAGAUCCAACUUGGGGUUAACAUGCCAGCGAGGGCAGAACAGAUGGUUCUGGAUAACGACAGUGAGGCCAAUGGUCAGGUGUACGAUGUGGUGCUCUACCUGGGAAUAAUUGAUAUCUUGCAGGAGUACAACAUAAGGAAGAAGAUUGAGCAUGCUUACAAGUCCAUCCAAUAUAACUCAUUGUCAAUAUCUGUCGUGGAACCCAAUUUCUACUCGGAGCGCUUCCUGAAAUUCAUUCAGACGAUCUUUCCUGAAAAUUCCUAAAAUAAAAUCCAGUAAUUCUUCACCUUCAGGAACAAAGUGCAAGAACCAUUGUUCAGCGUGCAUCCUAGGAUGGUUCCCUCUGCAAGUAUUCUUUUGCUACGUCCUUGAUUAAUUCUCUCUCUUGACUCGAGCAUUCAUCCUAGGAUGGUUCCCUGUGGACAUUUUGAGCUAUUUGAUAAGAGAAUGUUGGCCUGACCAUGGUUAGGUAUAGCCUGGUUUCGGAUUACAGGAAGCAACCGGUAUCUCGUUCUACCUGUCUGUUCGCCUGGCUUGGCUAAUAAGCAUGGCUGUAAGUAUUGUUCGCCGAUUUUUUUUGAGAGAAAAACACUGCUGAAUGACUGACAUAUUCGAGCUCAAGCUACCAUACUGAUAUUGUUGAAUGACUGACAGAUUUGAGCUCAAAUGAACAUACUGAUCAAACACUAAUAGGACCUCAGCGGUAUCUUGCACUGUUAG